AUGUUUCAGAUUUUGGCUUCAUAUCUGCGCCUGUCCUCCACUUCUUGCUUCUCGCACCAUUUCCGCUUCACCUUCUCCUCGGGGCAGAAAUCGCGGCAGUUUCGAUCGCCUACUAAGAGCGUAUGUAACUCGACGGUCCCACCGGCUCCGAGAUUUUCGAGAUUGGCGAGAUUCACGAAAUUCAAGAAAUUCGCGAGUGGCGACCGGGUCGCAAACAAUUCAACCACGUUCCUCUUCGAACAAUCCUUGCUGCCGCAAUCGCCGUGCCUGCCGCAGCAGCACCAGCCUUCCAGUCGUCGCUCGCGCGUUCGACAAGCCACCGCAGUGACUACGAGGUCUUCUUCUGAUCCGAUCGCCACGUCAGCAGAUCCCGCCACGUCAGCAGCAGCGCCCGCCAUGGUGGUGACGGCGAUUCAGGAGACGAGCGCGGACGGCGCGUAUAAGCGCACGCCCUCCGCCUUCCGCAGCGUCAUUACCGCGGAUGGGUCGAGCGGAUUCCCCGCCGUUGCCGGCAGGUACCACCUGUACCACCUGUACGUGAGCUACGCGUGCCCCUGGGCGUGUCGCUGCCUCAUGGCGCUCAAGCUCAAGGGGCUCGAGGACGCCAUUUCCGUCACUGUGGUGGAGCCUGUAUGGAAACGCACGAGGGAGGGGGACGACCACGUGGGCUGGCAGUUCGUGGCGCCGGGAGGGGAGGCGGAGGUGGCAGGGGCAGAGAGCGACCCUCUUAACGGAGCUCUCUUCCUGAGGGACGUGUAUGAGAAGGCGGACCCGUGUGCUGCCAAGUUCAUUGUCCCUGUCCUGUGGGACAAGCAAACAAGCACCAUAGUGAACAACGAGAGUGCGGAGAUCGUGCGAAUGCUCAACUCGGAAUUCAACGCCAUAGCCAAGCACCCUCAGGUGGACCUUUACCCGCCCCACCUGCGAGCAGCAAUCGAUGAGGUGAACGAGUGGGUGUAUCCGGCAAUCAACAACGGCGUGUAUCGCUGCGGCUUUGCCAAGAAGCAAGGCCCAUAUGAAGAGGCGUUCAAGGAGCUCUUUGCUGCUCUCGAUCGCUGUGAGGACAUCUUGUCUCGCCAGCGCUACAUUGCAGGAGACACUUUCACAGAGGCUGACAUUCGCCUGUUUGUCACUCUCAUUCGAUUCGACGAGGGUAUUGAUUACACUGCGCCGCACGAUAGGCACAGGCUGCCCCGUGUUGCUCUGCCUUGUGGAAAUGAAAAAGCAGCUUUUUCUCCCGCAGUGUCGUCCGCAGUGUCCUCCGCAGAGUCGCGCGCAGUGGAUCCCGCAGUGUCGCCUAAAGACACCCAUGUGAGCCACAGCUGGGCGUUCUCGGUGCCCCGUCAACAGCGGCGCCAACUGCGGCGCCAUCUGCUACGUUUCCUUCCUACCCUUUUCCAGGUACGAUUGAGCCCCCGCGAAAUGCGGGAAGGCGCUUCCUCUCCGCAGCUCAUCCCCCUCCUCUCCCCAAUACCCUAUCCACUCUCCCCUUUUCCCAAUCCCCUCCCCCUUUACUCCCCUUCACCCAAUCCCCUCUCCUCUUAUAAUCAAUCCUCUAUCCUUUCCUACCCAAACCCCUCUCCCCCCUAUCCAGUCCCCUCCCUCCUAUCCAGUACCCCUCUUCCCCCUACCCAUCCAUUUCUCCCCCCAUAUUCCCCACUAACCACUCCCCUAUCAUUCCAACGCAUAAAUGGAGUUCUGCCCCACGUGUGCCAACAUGCUGCUGGUGGAGCAGGCGCACAUGGGGCGAGAGGCGCGAUUCUCUCACCUGCUUCCCAAUCCUUUCCUUCUACUUCCCCUUGUGCUAUCAACGCAACAGCGCGUCUAGAUGGAGUUCUGCCCCACGUGUGCCAACAUGCUGCUGGUGGAGCAGGCACACAUGGGGCGAGAGGCGAGGUUCUUCUGUCAGACGUGCCCCUAUGUCUAUGGCAUCACCAGGAAGAUUUCAAGGCGCCAACUGGUGGUGCAAAAGGAGGUGGAUGA